AUGUCACUACUCUAUCUCAAGCAGCAAAUGAGAAAAAAGAGAAAUCAGGCUUUGUCAUCGAAUAGCGACUCCGAAGACGAAAGAGAUGCAAGCUGUUUCACGAAAGGAACGAAUACUUCUGAAACGACGGUAUUUCGGAUUAACUGAACUCUUUUUCAAUUCAUUACAGAAAGAUUUUGAUGAGUUCUUUGUAAUUGAUAAAGAAGGAACAGCUAAUAUCAAUGAAGGUUCGAGUGUUUUGAGAGCAGAGCUUCUCAAGGAACCGGCGAAAGAUCCGUACGUGAUGGACAAAGACCUUCAAACGGUAUUAAAUUAUCUUUUAUUUUUCAAUGAUUUUUUUCAUAUAGUUGCUGGAGAAAGCCGUAGUCGGACCAAAGUUUGAGCAUGAUCCUAGUCCACAGACAAGGUUAUUGUCUGUCCGAGCGCAAAAACGCUUGAGAAAGGUAAGAUAGAGUUUUCAUAUCUAAAAAAAAGUUUUUUUUAAAGGCAGAGCGUGAGAAAACAACUGGCUCCAAGUGGUUCGAUAUGCCUGCAACGGAACUCACGGAGGAAAACAAGAACGAUCUGGAGGUGCUCCAAAUGCGAGGAGCUAUCGAUCCACUUUCUCAUUACCGUCGAAAUGACAGAACGAGACUUCCCAAAUAUUUCCAAGUUAAAAUUUUUCUUUUUUUCAGUUUCAAUUAUAUAUUUAGGUGGGAAAAAAAUCGUUGACGCCCCUGAGGACUUUUACAGUAGCAGAGUUGUGAAGAAAGAUCGGAAACGGACGGUCGUCGAUGAACUAUUGCAUAGUGAAGAGUAUUUGGCUAAAGCACGGAAAAGGUGAGUUUUAGGUGCUGAUAAUAUAGAACAUCGACAAAAACAGAAAUCAUCGAAAAGUUUGUUUCAGAUUUUCUGCUCUAAAAGAAAAAGAGGCAAAAACAAGACGAGGCGCUUUCCAGCAGAAAGGGUACCCCAAGUCGCACAAGAGGCAAAGUGAAGGAAAGAAGAAAAAGCGAUAA